UAUCAAAAGAAAUCUCAUGCAAAAUUUAUUCCCUCUCUCGACAAGUGGUAAAGGUACAAAAAUAAAGUCAGAAGCAGAGGAGAACCCAAGUCACCAACUCUUGCAGACUUUGCACCCGCGGAAGAAUUUCCGUGGCAGAGACAAACAAAGGGUAAAACCGUGAAAUCCUUCUCUCUCCCUCUUCCCCUUCCCUCGCAUGCUCCUUUUUCCUUUCUCUCUUUGUUGUGUUGUGCUUUGUUGUAAGAGACAGAAAGAGGAUAAAAGCUGUCCCCACAGUUUUUCAUGGCACCACCAAGAUACUCUCCUCUCUCCCUCUUUUCCCUGCCAAAGUAACCUCGUUAGGGACAAACAAAAAGCACUCUCUGAGAGAGAGUAGUAGCUGUGAUAGAGAAAAGAUAACAAUUUUGUGGACAAAGUGAUAGAGAAGGUGGAAGAGGAAAAAGGGUGUCUAAUUGUGGAGUGAAACAAGGUGUGGGGUGGUGGAAGGUAAAAAAAGGUGUAUAGUGAGAUAGAGAGAGAGAGAGAUGGUGGGCUCAGGAACAUCAACAGAUAGGAGCAAAGAAGCUGUUGGGAUGAUGGCCCUUCAUGAGGCCCUCAGAAGUGUGUGUCUCAACUCAGAUUGGACUUACUCUGUCUUCUGGACCAUUCGUCCUCGACCAAGAGUGAGAGGUGGCAAUGGGUGCAAAGUUGGGGAUGAUAACGGCAGCUUGAUGUUGAUGUGGGAAGAUGGGUUUUGCCGCGGGAGAGUUUCAGAUUGUUUGGAAGAGAUUGAUGGAGAGGAUCCUAUCAGGAAAUCUUUUAGCAAAAUGUCCAUUCAGUUAUAUAAUUAUGGAGAAGGGUUGAUGGGAAAGGUUACAUCUGAUAAGUGCCACAAAUGGGUCUUCAAAGAGCCAACAGAAUGUGAGCCUAAUAUCUCCAACUACUGGCAGAGCUCCUUUGAUGCUCUUCCUCCUGAAUGGAUAGAUCAGUUUGAGUCAGGCAUUCAGACCAUCGCUGUAAUUCAAGCUGGGCAUGGCCUUCUGCAACUAGGUUCUUGCAAGAUUAUUCCUGAAGACCUCCAUUUUGUGCUAAGAAUGAGACACACAUUUGAAUCCCUAGGCUACCAAUCAGGGUUCUACCUCUCCCAACUCUUCUCAUCAACUAGAAGCACUUCCACUUCCACUUCCCUUCCUUCAAAGCCAUGCACCAUUCCAAUUAGGCCACCCCCUCCACUCCUCAACUGGGGUCAGAGGCCACUUGGUACUUCUACCUCUUUGCUACCCUCUCCCACCUUUCAACAUGCAUCAUCUAGAAUGGGGUUCCCACAGGCCAAAGAUGAGACACACAUGUUCCUCAUGCCUCAUGCAACAUCAUCUGAGCAUGCAAGAUUGGGGGGAGACAUCAUGGGGGAGCAGCAUCAUGAGAAUGACAUAAAGUGGCCAAAUGGCUUAUCCAUCUUCAAUGCACUCACUGGAAGAUCUGAGGAUGCUAAACUCUUGUUCAACCAAGAGAGCCUGGGGAACAAACCAGGUGAUCACAAUCACCACCACUCUCUCAACACAAAUCCCACUUCAGCAUCAGUGCAAAGUGCUGGUGUGGCACUCCCAAAUGAGUUCUUGAGCUUGGAUGGCCACACUGAAGGGGCUAGGAAAGUGGACAAGUUCAAGAGGUGCUUCACUCUACCUGCUAGAGUGGCCUCAUCUUCUUCUUCUACUUCAAUGGAUCACCAUCAACAACAAGCAGGUGUGGAGUACAGGAAUUCAGAAGGAGGCAUGUACCAGGAUGUCAUGGAAACUUUUUUGGAGUGAGGGGAUAAUAAUAAGGUAAGUUGUCAGAAGUUGUAUUUAGGCAUAGUUAUUUGUGUUCCUUCAUUUUCAUGUGUUAUCUUUCUACUUUGUAUCCUGUGUUUUGUUUUUUUCUGUCAUCUAGAGACUUUAUUAAUGACAAUUUAUUUCUUAGGUUUAUUAGACAUGGUAGUUUUCAUCUCAAGCAAUAUGUGAUUAUUAUUAUUA